AUGUCUNACAGACUCGUGGCCCUUCCUACGGCCCGUCAAUACUCGUCAGUUCCCCGCCUACAGGAGAGUCAUACGGCGCCCGAUCGACUUGUCCGUAGUGCGGCGCAAGCUCGAGGACGGCAGGUGCCGUUCAGCGCACUAACGGCCACGCAGAAGCUGGAGGUGGUGGUGCAGGUGGUGAACGACCUGCUGCAGAACAAGCACGUCGUGCGCCAAGUGGAGGCCUCCCUCGACAAGCACAACUCACUCAAGACUGACAAGUGGAAGCUCGACGCGCGCAUACGCAAGCUGCGCAUGUCGAUCGCCCGGAAGCGAAUCUACCAAGCGAACCUCAGCCAUCCCGACCACAAGCUGCACAACGACGACAGCAACCUGAGCGUUUGCAGCUCGCUGGGCGGGACACAGCUUGACGUGAGCGGAGCACAGCCUGAAGUAGGCGGGGCACAAACUGAAGUGGGCGGAGCACAGCCUGAAGUGGGCGGGGCACAAUCUGAAGUAGGCGGUGCACAGCCUCAGCCUGAAGUGGGCGGCACUCAUCACGACGACGCGUCGUUGGCAGUGUGCGGGAGCAGAAAAGGAGGCGGGGCCAAGGAAAGCCACGCCCCUGACGAUGAAGAGGAGGAGCUUGAGGAGGGGGAGGAGUCGGGGGCGGAGUCUGACGUUGGCAUGGACGACCUACACGAUCACGAUGACGCAGAGGGCUCGCGCAGCAAGGAAGCAGCGGCUGUGCAGCAGCUGCAGCAGCAGAUGGAUGCUGUGCGCCAGCAGCUCUUCGACACUGCACAGCAAGUGCGCGCUGUGCACUGCGGCCAGGACCGGUACCAGCGCACGAUGUGGAUGCUCCCCCACUGCGGGGGCCCGUACCUGGAGGGGGUGUCGUCGUGUGACUACCUCCCACACCAGCACUUCCCCCCGACCGUCCCACUCCCCACAUCCAAAACAGAUCGCAUCCUCUCCUCUACCCCCGACAGCACCCGUUUCCCCCACGAGACUCCCUCAACCCCCAAGAAUUUGGACGAAAAAACCAAAACUGAUAGAAAUUCUGUUGAUAUAUCCUUUAGAUGUAACAGGAACGGUAAAAGCAACAGUGAGAACAACAGGAUGGAAGAUGAUGAAAAUGACGUGGAUGAUGAUGAUGGUUCACACGACGAAGAAGAGGACAGAGAAAGGAUGAUAAAGUUAGAGCUGAAACCUAAACUCGAACCCAAGGUCGAGAAAAUGGAUGUAGACACCAAGCCUGUCGGUGGACCCAACGACCUCGCGUUCAAAAGUGAAAAUAAUUCAAUAAAAAGUGAGUUUGUCGAUUCAAAAGACGAGAAAUUAAGCAAAAGUGACGAGCUUUUCCGAAAUAUCGAUGAUAUCCCUUUGCCAGAUAUCCCACCUAGAAUAGCCAACACUAUCCACAGCCUCGCAAAAAUCGAGGUGAUGGACAUCAAGUCUUCUUCCUUCGACUCGUCCAGCCCACUCAAAGACGCCCAUGGGACAUCCAGUCCACGGAAGGAUGUCAGCGAGAUCUCCAGUCCACAAAAGGACGCACAGGCAACACCCAGUCCACAGAACGCCCUGGAGACUUCUAGUCCACUGAAAGACUUUCCGGAGACAUCAAGUCCACAAAAGGAUGCCUCGGUGAUUGCUAGUCCACAAAAAGAAACCUCGGAGACCACCAGUCUACAAAAAGACUCUCAGGAUACGUCCAGUUCCGUCAGAGACGAGAAGAAAGAACCGUUGACGGUCUUAACCAACGGGCUAUCUGACGCAUCGGGCGUGGAUUCAUCCAGUGAAAAUGACAACCAAUUAUCCACCAAUCCUGUAUCUUCAUCCACCACAAACGACGAUGCUUCCUCCACCUGCUCCACAACCACCACGACCUCCACCACAACAACCAUGGCGACUGGGGACAUAUCCGCUUGUGACACUCCAGCUCCUGAAGUUGCUCUUAUCUCCACUGCUGCUUCUCUCAUAUCUCCUGGGGCCUCUCUUAUCUCCCCUGGGGCCUCGCUUAUCUCUCCUGGGGCCUCGCUUAUCUCCCCUGGGGCUUCUCUUAUCUCCCCUGGGACGAACACAACUACAACCACCGCAACCACAUUGGCUACUUCCAUCACAGCACCGGUAAGCUCGACCACUUCGGUGGUGACGACAAACGGGGGCGGUCUGGCGGGAGUGGUAGGCCGUGAACUGGUGGCUACGGGGUUAGGUCUCAUCCCAGGUCAGUAUUUGCGACCUGAACAUGUUCUUCAGGCAGAACAUUUGUAUUUCAGUCUAUUGCCGCGGGCGCUGUGCUGUCCCUUGCAACACUAUCAUCCUAAUCAGGCGCUGGUGCCGCCUAGAGUUCCCGUAUAUUCCACACCUAGUAAAACGGCAAGAGAUGACCUCGAGCUUGCGUGUGUUAACUCUGUUGAAGAAAGAUUAAACGGCGCAAAUGAAAGCAGUCUUAAUUCCCAUCUGGAGACCUCGUGUGACCACAACGGGUCCGCUAUGGAGUGUUCGGACUCAGCCGGACCCGCAGUGGAGGUACAGGGUCCCAGUAAUGGCAGUGACUGCUCCCUGGUAGCAAACGGGUCUGUGUGCAGUGCUGCUACACCGUCCACACUCACCCCUUAUGGUGGAGGUAGUGGUGGAAGUACGGCGCCCACCAGUCCAGCAACGGUUGUAUUCUCUCAAAAAGAACUUCUGGAAAGACUCCAUCAAACUGCUGAAGCAGCGCCUAUCCCUACCGCGUACCUAUCAGGGUGGUGGAGAUUCCAAAGCCAAGAAGAGUUGGCAGAUUUUCAAGCUGCUCUCAACGACCGUGGCUUGAGAGAACGCGAACUCAAGCGAUUCUUGGAGAAACAUUCGAACAUUAUUGCGCACUGCAGCCAGCAGGUUGAUCAAGAACUGACGUCUUUCGUUGCCGUGCCUGCCAACCACCUGAAACCUGGUGAUGAUUAUCCCUCUGUGAUCAAUAAUGGCAGAAAAAACUGUACUGACGCUACAGGCCAAACCAAAGCUCAGUUCUCCCCAAAAUCAUGUAUUGAUAAAACUCACAAUUCAAGAGCUGCAACCAACAAAAUGGCACCCAAGGUGCAUGACAGAACCUCGCUUACAAUUUGCUACGACAAAUACGGUAACGUUGAAGAUGAUAUUCCGACUGAUUGGAGUGAAGCCGCUGCUCUCAAAGACGAAAUGUUUGCCCUAGAGUACAUCUUGGCUCUUGAAGAAAAAAUUACUGCUGCUUCUAUGCAGACCAAAUCCUGGACUGCUGGAGAAGUGCCGCCCAAAACCCCAGGCAGUUUUGCCCCCGCAUUUAUCGCAAAUCAAAUAAACCAUUACAGCCCACCCAGCCCCAACGACAACGAGGAUGAUGAUGAACCGACGUGUGGUAGUGCAGAGGUAGUGGAUGGCGUCAAUAAUGUAGUCGCUGACACCAAACCUUGGCAGGCUUCGGCUGCCAAGGCUCCCGAUGAGCUAGAAGUGAAAGUUCUCAACGCAGUUCACGUGGGAAGACAAAGACUCCUAAAAUUAGAGGAAGGUAUCGAGCGGCGUUACCUGAAGCCGCCACUCGCUCCUGGGCACAACGUUAAGGCCGCCAACUCCUCCAUCGUCAACACUGUGGACAGUCAGAGCUCCAGUAACGUCUCUUCAGCUACGUCACAAACACCGCAGAUGUCGUCAACAGCUGCCAACGGCGAUGCGUCUUGUACUACAGGUGCUUCAAAUAGUAACCCGACAGAGGAAGAGAGUGAAAAGCAAAACGGCGACGUCUACAGAGGGCUGCACGUGUGGCGCACAGCGGUCGCUGCUUGCGAAACGGCUGCCCAACUUCAUAUUUGCAGCCAAGCUCUGGAGAAUGCCGUGGCUUGGGACAAAAGCAUCAUGAAGGCAUUCUGUCAAUUCUGCUCCAGCGGUGAUUUUGAGGAAAAGUUAUUAUUAUGUGACGGUUGCGACAAGGGCUACCACACGCAUUGCUUCAGGCCCCCCAUGGUUGAUAUCCCGGAUGGGGAUUGGUUCUGUUACGAGUGUGUUAAUAAGGAGCUUACGGGUAACCAGGGUCGCCAUUGCCUCGUAUGUGGGGGCACCGACGGCAGAAACCUCUUGCACUGUUUUACAUGCCCUAGAUCUUUUCAUGCCACUCCCUGUGCCAAUCCUCCUGUCGUUAAAAUACCCCGCAGCAAGUGGCACUGUCCCGCCUGCAGCAAUAAAACGCCCCGCCCACGUCGAGCUCCGCGAUCAAAAAAGACCAACGCGUCUGCAGUGGCUCCGCCCAACCCCUCUAUCGCUCCGCCCACAUCAAUAUCAGUGGUCGCUGCUCCUCCCACUAUCGCCCUCCAUCAGUCCACUGGGGCGUUGGCUCCACCCAACCAUGUUUUAGGUCCGCCUUCUAAUUCCAUAUCUCAUACAAAUCAGACCACCCCACAUCCUCAUGUCCAAUCACCUUCCGCGUCACCCUCUUUUGCCCCGCCCAUUUCAAGCUCCGCCUCCCCCGCCUCGGCAGUCUCAACAAGCGCAUUAGCCUCCGCGUGUCACGCGUCUGACCCAUCACAAACUGGUUUGAACGACCCACUCUCAGUGGUUGGUUCAGGGACAGAAUCCAUGGUAUCGUCAGCUCCUAGGGAUGGAGUAGACGUUCCUUUGGACGCGGUUGAGUCUGCGGCUGACGAUAAUCUGAGCAAUAACAUCUCGUCGAAAGUGAACUCGUCACCUGUUGUUAAUAGUUACAGCUUUGCCAACGCAUUCACACCCUUCCAAGAGGGCGACAGCAACUGCAACCUUUCUGAUGCCAACAACGCAGCUGUGCAGAAAAAUAACCGCCACAACGCUGUCGUUGUUGACGCUUUUGAUGAAAGCAGCAACGAAGACAGAGAUGUUGACAACAACGGCAGCAGCAACAACAACAUCGGCGACAGCAACAACAGCAGCAGCAACAAUAGCAGCAGCGUUGACGCUGAUGACGCACAGGGGCUGUCGAAGAAGAGCAGACCCGCCAAGAAGGUGCGAGAGCAGGUGCAGCUGUGCCGAGUAUUGCUGCAGCUGCUGGAGCAACAUACAGACUCGUGGCCCUUCCUACGGCCCGUCAACACCCGUCAGUUCCCCGCCUACAGGAGAGUCAUACGGCGCCCCAUCGACUUGUCCGUAGUGCGGCGCAAGCUCGAGGACGGCAGUUACAAGACGCCCUCCGAGUUCUCCGAGGACCUGCAACUGAUGUUCAACAACUGCGAGACCUUCAACGAGGACGACUCACCUGUGGGCAAAGCGGGUCACAGCCUCCGGGCUUUUUGUAAUCAGAAGUGGGCUGACCUCUUCCCCACCCUCUGACUCCCCCCACCUCUACCCUCGGUCUCGUAUCCCCACCAGCAGCCUCCUCAAUUAUUCACUCUCAAACUACACCCGUCUUCCCCCACUGAUUCCCUCCAUUUUCACCCUCCAACUCCGCCCUUCAAUCCCCACUGACUCCUCUCACCCAUAAUUCCCUCGAUCCUGCUCUUUGAAAAUACCCAUCCCAGGACCCUAGAAUCUCACCCUGGGGUUAAUCCCCACCAUAUUCCUCUCAACUCGUCGACCAAAAGUGAGACUCGUCUUACUCCCUCCAAUGCCAUCGGUUCACUACAGAAAGUCGGUCCACUUCAAGAGAUCCGAGAAAAUUAUCUUUUGCCUGAAACUAACUUUAAUUGAUAUUGAAUGGCAGACAUUAAAGCAGUUAUUGUGGUUGAAUACUCACUUAUAUGUGGCAGGUGAACUAUUCAUGUCAGGCGCGCGAUGGAUCGCAGCGUUCACUCAUGUAUUAAAUGUAUAUUGGUCGUUCACUCAUCCAACAGUUAUUUAUUCCAUCAUUUUUUCAUAUUCGUGUGGCGAUGUAUAGCGUUCCUCGUCCACGUGUCGUGCAGGAAUGGGCGCGUUUUCUUGCAAAUUUAUUAAUACUUUAUGAAUAUUUUCGUAUUUUUGAUAAGGUAUCCUAUGUAUGUGGGCUGUUCGUUGUGUGGCGCUGCAUAGUGCUCCUGUGUGACCAAAAGUCUGAGGUUAUUCGGGUGCUGAUGCGAGGGCGAUUCCUUGAAUUUUCAUAACAUUAAUGACAUUACAGUUGGGAAGCUAUAAACUUUAGACAUUUUAUUAGAAUCCUCUGCCACACUCGGAGCCCAACUCAGUCACACUCAGAGCCCACUCAGUCACACUCAGCCUCUCUCGGAGCUCACUCAGCCAUACUCAAAGCCCCACUCAGCUCCUCUCAUUGCCUGCCUACUUCCAUGUCGCUAACAGAAAAAUACUAUACUCAUUUCCACAAAUCAAUUUCGUGGUAUCUUCUGCAUUUUUGACGGUACAUUCGAACGCCUGUAACUCUUGAGUUUGUAUUCGCGUCGCCUGUAGUUUCGUUACACAGAACAAUUGCGAUGAACUUAACCAUCCUGUUGUCUUCAUUUCCUGUACACGCCGUAUGCCCUUGCUGGUCAUUUUGACCCGAAGACUACAGGAGGAACAGACUACUUGCGCUUUGGCCAGGUCGUGGUGUUUCUUCUACAUAUGUGGAGAUUUUGAACCGCGCUAAAUGGUCGACAAAAUUUUCAAGAUUUAGAGCCGCUCUAAUGGCGGACUACUCAAUAUACAAGGUCUAAUGAAUACAUAUUACAAUUUAACGCAUUGUUAAAUAAGAUAUUUUUUUACUGGACUUCAUUUGCAAAUGAGAUGUCUUUAUAAAAUUGAUAAUUUCGUUUGUUGAAUUGUGAGUUAGUGUGGCGUUGUCGGGCUCCUGCAAGUCAUUAGACUAGCCUCUGCUAGAUUUAGUUACUCAUUUAGGCUUUUCUCGUAUGAAUUAAUGCGUUUUUGUUCGAGUAAUGCACCUAAAGCUAACAAACAGGAAAUUGGUGAAGACAUACUAUGUCCUCAACGCAAACCGCUUGUCCUCACAGCACCGGACUGCGCCUUUUGUAGCUUUCUUUGAAUAUUUGUCACCAAGUAUUUGGACUGCAAUGAGCCUUGUGGUUGCCUGGUUGUUCCUGCAGCCAAUCACAUGCAUUGCUGCCAACAUAUCGAACACGGCCAACUGUGAACAAUAAUAACUGUCUCAAAAAUAGGACCAAGUCGCAUAUGUAUGGUCUGGUACUGAUGGCACUGACUCCGUCUAAUGUUGGCUUCAUGGACACUAAACUCGGACAAAGUCGUCACUGGGUCUGCCACAACCGUGAUCCGCGCUGUACAAAGCAUCUGCAGGGUGAAAAAUUGUACAUUGUAGAAGCUGUACAUAUCUUGUGAUAGCGCAGUUAGUGGUGAUAUUUACUCUGUAAGUUUAAUGCUGCUAAGGUUACGUGUACAUCAAUGGUUCCUUUCGCCUCUAAACUCCUCCGCCUGCGUCCGUAGCUUAUGGUUGUUUGUUAGUGACGUGACUCCCCGAGGAAUAAUCUCUCGCCCCCUGUUACUCUUCCCAUUUUUGUCCUUUGACUCCUCAAAUUAACGUAAUUCAAAUGCUAUUAUCGCCCUCUUUUGGCUCCUCCUAUCUCCGUUCUCUGACUCCUCCCAUCUCCGCCCUCUGACCCCUCCCAUUUCCGCCUUCAGGGGCCCCAUCUCCGCCCUCUGACUCUUCCCAUCCCCGCCUCUAACCCCUCCCAUUUCCUUAGUCUGCUUCCCUGCCGCCCCACUCAGACACGUCCACACGCACGGCCAAUUAUUUCAAUUGUCUUUGUGGGCGUGUCAUCCCUCCCUACCGCCUUACUCAGCCACGCCCUCUUGCGCGGCCAACUGUUCCUAUUCUCUCGUUGGGCGUGUCCUUUUUUCCUGCCGCAUCACUUAGCCACGCCCACUUGCGCGGCCAACUUUCCGCAGUGGGCGUAUCUAAGUUGCUUGGCUAUGCUGCCGGGUCAACUCUACUGUACAACAAGAACUUUUCAAGCUUACCAAAACAUUUCAAGGUUUAAUUAACUUUUUGCUUAUGCUUAUAGGGUUUUUCUGUUAGCACUGCUCCAUGUACAACCGAACCCUGCGCUGGAUAUUGUUUUUUAUUUCAAGAUGUGUUUUUUGACACAACAUCGAGCAUGUAAGCAUUUAUUAUUUGAGGUACGAGCAGACUUGCCGGCCAUUGUUUCAGUUUCUUUUUACAUGUGGAUGUACCGGAGUCCUAUUGUUCUAUAACCUUUUUUCCAAGAUCUUCUAAGUUGUGCAUUUAAUUUACAACAAGUAGUUAAGGUUCGGACAAUUUGGAUAUUAUUUUGUAAUUAGCAUUUAAUACGGAAAUAUUAAUUGUUUCUUAGGAGUGAUCGUAUCCUUCUUCUUUGUGUUGUGAUAUUCGUGUUAAAAUGUUUGCCCGCACCCACGCACAACCCACGGCGCUCGCUCAUUGGCUGUCGGCUCGACCAAUGGAAGAGCGCGGCUUGUGGCGCGGGUGCCAACUCGUCGACCGUGUUCACUGAACAAAUGUUGCAACAUUUCACAUUAUGAGGCUGUUCUUAGAUAAUCUUGAGGAAUAUUAGCGAUGUAUAUGAGUGUAAUUCCAUCAUUUGAUGUACAGUCUUGAUAUUGGUGUGCUAAUGUACGCUAGGGACCGAAUCUUACAACCUGUUGAGCCUAGAGGACGGGUUGCGCGGCUCGGGUGGGGGACCGGGACGCGGGGGCUGAUGCUCCCAUCAAAGGACGCAGAGUUUUAAGAAAAUUUAUCUAUAGCGUAGGACUACUACGGGGCAGAGGCUGUGCAUCGGGGGCUAUGAUAAUGUUCAACAAGCUGCUUAACUUCAGGAUUACAUUUUUUGAGCUGCGUGCCGCUAGGUUCAAUUAAAGAUACUGUCGUCGUGUAGAGGCCGGCAAAGCAGGGUUGGAGCAGAUCAGGGCCGGAGCAUGCAUGGCACUGCGGGAGUUGAGAUUAAUUCUACAUUUAUUUUGCUGGAGUUGUAGGGUAUUUUACACGCUGAUCUCCGAAAGAAAUGAGUGCACAUCCACGAUACUCUUGUGUUAUGGUGUUGAUAGCUUGACGUAAUACACUCUAAUGUCACGAAUGUUUGAAAGGGUUGUUAAGUUAAGAGCUAGAACUUUGACGAGAAUGUUAAUUGUUGGUUGCGACCCUGCCUACCAUCGAUGGUGCAUGGUUUACGAGUCUCAAUAGUUUACAAGUGAGCGGUAAUGGUUAUGCUACCAUUGCCACUAGCGUGGUGAGGGGGAUGAGGUAGCUACCAAUAACCGCUCUGGGGCAGGACGGUAGAGCCCUAGCGUCCCCCAGCAGCUGUCUAGUUUGUGUUGUAGUCCAUUUCUGUAUAAAAUCUGAAUAAU